AUGGUAUGGAUCCGGCCCUGGCGGGGGCGCCAAAAACACCAAAGCGGCGAUUGGGGAGGCGGUGUGGCCGAGGAUGAGGGCUAUGGGGAGGAGCCUGGCAUGCCUCAUGAAUCAGCGGAGGAUUUGUUUCAUUUCAACGUUGGCGGCUGGCAUUUCUCAGUUCCCAGAAACAAACUUGCUCAGUUUCCAGAUUCCCUGCUAUGGAAAGAGGCUUCAGCCUUGACCUCUUUGGAAAGCCAGAGGCUCUUCAUCGACAGAGAUGGUUCCACAUUUAGGCAUGUGCACUAUUACCUCUACACUUCCAAACUCUCCUUCUCUAGUUGUGCAGAACUGAACUUACUCUAUGAGCAAGCACUGGGUUUGCAGCUGAUGCCUUUGCUGCAGACUCUAGAUAAUCUGAAGGAAGGGAAACACCACCUACGUGUACGGCCUGCAGACAUACCUGUUGCUGAGAGAGCAUCUUUGAACUACUGGCGAACAUGGAAGUGUAUCAGCAAACCCUCAGAAUUUCCUAUAAAAAGCCCUGCCUUCACAGGCCUACAUGAUAAGGCACCUUUGGGACUCAUGGACACACCAUUGUUAGACACAGAAGAGGAAGUACACUACUGUUUUCUGCCCCUAGACCUAGUGGCCAAGUAUCCAAGCCUGGUGACUGAAGACAAUCUGCUGUGGCUGGCUGAGACUGUGGCCUUAAUUGAGUGCGAGUGCAGCGAGUUCCGCUUCAUUGUGAAUUUUCUACGCUCACAGAAGAUUUUACUACCAGAUAAUUUCUCCAAUAUAGACGUGUUAGAAGCAGAAGUGGAAAUUCUGGAAAUCCCUGAGCUCACUGAAGCUAUAAGGUUGUACCGGAUGAACAUGGGUGGCUGUUCCCGGACCUCUUGUGCUCCCCCGAGCCCUGGGAAGGGGAACCAUGCAGCAGGCCUGGAGUCUGUGAAGCCGUUGUACAUGAUGGCCCUGGGUCUGCUUGUCAAGUACCCAGACUCCGCACUGGGACAGCUCCGCAUCGAGAGCACGCUGGACGGCAGUAGACUGUACAUCACAGGGAAUGGGGUCCUCUUUCAGCAUGUCAAAAACUGGCUGGGAACUUGUCGGCUGCCCCUGACUGAGACUAUUUCCGAGGUGUAUGAGCUCUGUGCCUUCCUGGACAAGAGGGAUAUCACCUAUGAGCCAAUGAAAGUGGCCCUGAAGACUCAUCUGGAGCCGAGGACUCUGGCACCCAUGGAUGUGCUCAAUGAGGAAUGGAUGGCAGAAAUCACUGUGUAUUCCCCGCAACAGAUCAUCAAAGUUUAUGUUGGAAGCCACUGGUAUGCAACCACCCUGCAGACCUUACUGAAGUAUCCAGAACUUCUGUCCAACCCUCAAAGAGUGUACUGGAUCACUUAUGGGCAGACCCUGCUGAUCCACGGGGAUGGCCAAAUGUUCCGACAUAUUCUCAACUUCCUGAGACUUGGAAAACUGUUUUUACCAUCUGAAUUUAAGGAAUGGCCCCUGUUCUGCCAGGAGGUAGAGGAAUACCACAUCCCAUCCCUCUCAGAGGCCCUUGCCCAAUGUCAGGCAUACAAGUCAUGGACCCAGGAGAAAGAAUCUGAAAAUGAAGAAGCCUCCAUCAGGAGGCUGCAUGUGGUGACGGAAGGGCCAGGGUCUCUGGUGGAGUUCAGUAGAGACGCCAAAGAAACCACAGCCUGCAUGCCUGUGGACUUCCAAGACUGCAAUGACAGGACUCCAUGGAACAAGGCCAAGGGAACCCUGGCCAGAUCCAGUCAGAUGGAGGAGGCUGAGCAGUACUCCCAGGCCAUCCAGGUGUCCCUGUGCCAAGGUGCCAAGAGGGCGGGCAAUCCCAGUACAUACUCCCACUGUCCUGGCCUAUGUGCCAACCCCAGAUACUGGGGGGGCCACCCUGAGAGUCCUCCCAAGAAGAAAUGCACCACAGUCAACCUCACACAGAAACCUGAAACCAAAGACCCUCCUGUCACCCCUAUGCAAAAACUCAUCUCCCUGGUAAGGGAAUGGGACAUGGUCAAUUGUAAACAGUGGGAAUUCCAGCCAGUGCCAGUUCCCCAGAGCAGCUCCAUGGAGGAAGCUACCCUGCAGCCCCCUUCGGGAAGUGAGGCUGCUUCCCAGCCUGUCACCUCAGCUUCCUGGAAAGGACAUUCCACAGGCUCAGAGAAGGACCUGGGUCAACAGGCAGGGGCUGGAGCUGGAGCCAAAGACAAGGGGCUGGAGCCAACCUUUAAGCCAUACUUCCCUGUGAAAAGAGCUGUUACCCUGAAGGAUUGGGGCAAGCAGAAGCCAAGGGAGAAAGAAAGCCCUGGCCCUGAGCAGCCUCUGCCUGAGGCUGAGAUGGAUAAUGCAGGGGUCAUCCUCAAAGUGACCCAUCCCCCUGUAGUGGGCAGUGAUGGCUCCUGCAUGUUCUUUGAGGACAGCAUCAUCUACACCACACAGAUCGACAACCUCAAGCAUACACCACCUACGGCCAGCCCCCAGCCCAAAGAGGUGACUUUCCUGAGCUUCUCUCUAUCCUGGGAAGAGAUGUUUUAUGCACAAAAAUGUCACCGCUUCCUGACUGACAUCAUCCUGGAUUCCAUCAGGCAAAAGGACCCCAAAGCCAUGACAGCCAAGGUGGUCUCCCUGACCAACCGGCUGUGGACCCUGAACAUCAGCCCCAAGCAGUUUGUGGUGGAUUUGCUGGCCAUCACCGGCUUCAAGGAUGACCGGCACACCCAGGAACGCCUGUACAGCUGGGUGGAGCUCACACUGCCUUUCGCCAGGAAAUAUGGUUGCUGCAUGGACCUGCUCAUCCAGAGGGGCCUGUCAAGGUCCAUCUCUUACUCUAUCCUGGGCAAGUACUUACAAGAGGGCUAG